CAUUACAGUGAUGAAAUAGCAACGAAAAUAAUUUUAUGGUUGGGUCACAACAUGAGGAACUGUAUUUAAAGGGCCAGAAGGUUGAGAACCACUGCUCUAAGCUCUUAUCUAAUUGGCUGUUGCCUUUUAUGUCAUAAUCACAUCACCCAACAAACAGUAAGCAGUAUGUAGAGUUACAGCAGUGAAACUAGGAUUUUUUUCCCCCAAUGUAAAGUUUUUCUCUCUCUGCCUCUAAUAAAACAUCUGCAACUCAUACAACAUCUUUAAGAAUUUCUCACAAAAACAUGCUGGAAGACGGUGGAACCUGUUUUCACCCGGAAGAUUUUUUUCAUUUUGUUAUUUUAAAUUGAUUGCCAACAGAUGUGGGAGCCAUCUCUUUUCAUUGGAUCGGUCCUUGGCUUAUUAGGCAGAGAGAGAUGAAUCUACUCCAGAUUGGCACUCAGAGAAACAGCACUGUGUCGACCUGGCUGGCGAAAUUUACUCUUCUUUGGCUGCUUAGUCGGAACUGCUGCAGAGCCAGCGCUGUUUGGACCGCUUACAUGAACAUAUCAUUUCAUGUUGGGAACCGCAUGCUGUCAGAGUUGGGGGAAACUGGAGUAUUUGGAAGAAGCUCCACUCUGAAGAGAGUGUCCGGAGUUAUUGUGCCACCAGAUGGAAAAUCGCAGUAUGCCUGCAGUCCCAGCACCAGCUUCAGCAGAUCGAAGAACUCAAAGGUGUGGCUCGCACUUGUUGAACGGGGAGGUUGUCCCUUCACACAGAAAAUUAAGGUGGCCGUUGAGAAGGGAGCCAGCGGAGUGAUCGUCUACAACUUCCCAGGGACCGGCAACCAGAUUUUCCCCAUGUCUCAUCAGGCCUUUGAAGACAUUGUGGUCUUGAUGAUUGGUAACUUAAAAGGCAUGGAGAUUCUGCACUUGAUUCGGAAGGGAGUUCAUGUUACAGUCAUGGUGGAGAUGGGGAGGAAACACAUCAUCUGGAUGAAUCACUAUUUUGUCUCUUUUUUGAUUGUCACCACCGCUACGUUUACGUACUUCGUCUUUUAUCAUAUUCGAAGACUUUGGGUAGCCAGGGUUCAGAGCAGGAGAUGGCUGCGCUUAGCAACAGAUCUCAAGCUAGCAUUUGGCCAGCUUCAGCUCCGGGUACUGAAAGAAGGGGAUGAGGAAGUAAGUCCCAACGGAGACAGCUGUGUAGUUUGCUUCGAGCUCUACAAGCCUAAUGACACAAUUCGUAUUCUGACUUGCAAACAUUUUUUCCACAAGAAUUGCAUCGACCCCUGGAUUCUGUCACAUGGAACAUGCCCCAUGUGCAAGUGUGACAUUCUUAAUGCUUUGGGAAUCCGAGUGGAUGUUGAAGACGGAACACAGUCACUGCAAGUUCUGAUGUCAAAUGAAUGGCCUGGUAUUCUAUCACCUAGUGAAGAGGGGACCGCCAGUGAACUUCCUCCUGCAAGGCAGCCAGAUAAAGCGACCCACAUGGGAGAGGCGGCGGAGCGUCCUCCUUCCCCGAAUGACAGCCAGCCUAACUCGGCAGAAGACGUUCAUCCUUCACCUUGAUAGCAUGACCUUUGAGGAAGCGGAUUAAACCUGUUUGUCAAACCAGGUUCUAAUACUGACAAGCAGUUUGCUUGAAGUGUGGUUUUGUGUCCUUUUUUGUUACUUUGGUAAUUUUCUACAUUCUUUGUCAAGCCCUAAAGACAGAAAAAAAAGAAAAGAAAAAAGGCCUAGCAGGAUUUAAAAAAAAAAAAUCUUUGCUAAAUGUAACUUUUUGUCAAUGUAUGUUACUCCUGUGAGUAUAGAUGUUUAUUUGUAUGUACACAUGCAUGUUAAAAGCAAGGACAAACUUUUCU